UUCCGUUGGGAAAAUAAAAGUGGGCCGUCAUUUCCCGGCGACUGACGUCAGUGGUCGUGGUCAAACGAUCUUCUACAACUCGCUGUUCAUCGAAGACUUUCCAAGCCGUCUUCGACUAUUCUAUUCAUAAAAUUCGCGGCUCCCAUUCAUUUUCCCCCUGCUGACUUUUUCACACCUCAAUUCAAUAUUCGCAACCAUCAUUUUGCACUCCGUUUUUCUCUUGUUCGGGGAAGAAGAUAGGCUCUACUUGCUUGUUACAACUGAAAAGCUAGAACACAGAGAGGGAGAGAUGAAUACAGUGGGCGGCGCGGUGGAGAUGGUCAGGAAAUACAAGGCGUGGGAGGGCAGUAAUAAAUUCUGUCUUGGGGGAAGGUUUAUUUUCGGGCCGGAUGUAAGAUCGAUAUUUCUAACAGUGUUUCUUAUAGUUGCUCCUGCUGCUGUCUUCUGCGUGUUCGUUGCAAGGAAACUGCUGGAUGAUUUUUCUGGUGAUUGGGGAAUUGCAGUUUUAGUUGUAUUUAUCGUCGAGACAGUAUUUGUUUUGGUGCUGCUUCUGUUGACUUCUGGAAGGGACCCCGGUAUUAUUCCUCGCAAUGCUCAACCUCCCGAACCGGAAACGUAUGAUAAUAGUAUGGAAUUGGGCUCUGGCCAAACGCCUCGCUUGCCUCGUACAAAAGAUGUUAUAGUUAAUGGAGCUACUGUGAAAGUCAAAUACUGCGACACUUGUAUGCUGUACAGGCCUCCACGCUGCUCACAUUGUUCGAUAUGUGACAACUGUGUGGAACGAUUUGAUCAUCACUGUCCCUGGGUUGGACAAUGUAUUGGACUGAGGAAUUAUCGGUUCUUUUACAUGUUUGUCUUUUCCACAAUGCUGCUUGCCUUGUACGUUCAUGGGUUUUGCUGGGUGUACAUUGUAAAGAUAAGGGACAGCGAGAAUUCCUCCAUAUGGAAAGCUAUGACUAAAACACCCGCCUCCAUCGCACUCAUUAUUUACACAUUCCUGGGACUCUGGUUCGUAGGAGGGCUCUCGAUCUUCCAUCUCUACCUCAUCGCAACAAACCAGACGACAUAUGAGAACUUUAGAUACCAAUAUAGCAGACGUGGCAACCCCUACAACAGAGGAAUGGUUGGAAACUUUAUGGAUAUCUUCUGUGGCAGUAUUCCUAAAUCAAAGAAUGAUUUCCGGGCGAAGGUGCAAAGGAAGCAGCCUAUGAUGCCUUCACACUCAGUGGGUGCUAGUUUUGACAGUACGACCUUGGCAGUUUCCAAGAGUCUGCAAGGGAAGUCAAUAUGGGACGAGGCGAAUGACAGAGCCCUCGCCAUAGGGUCGAACCGGGUAACCCUUUCUAGUAAUGGUGAUAGUGCAACAGAAUAUCAGCAAUACUUGUAAAGUAAUGAUAUUGUGAAGCAAGAACAUUGAGCCAACUGGCGGCCGGAUUGGUGUUUGUGCAUAUGUAGUUGUUUCAAUAGAAUUCGGUUUUGCUAUUCUCCAUCUGUCUGUCUGUUUCUUCAAUUUAUUGAUAUUGGAUUUAGAAGAGUAGCAGAGAUGCAUUUGACCUCAGCCUUGUGCUUUUCUUGCUGUGUGGAAUGUAAAUCACUUGUUUUUAGAGGAAA